CAGCCCUGCCACCUUCAAGCCCCUGUUCUUCCUUGGCACGCCACGGAACCCCGUCUGAGCCUCAGUUUCCACACCUGGAAAAUGGGCGAAUAACAGGACCUCCCCUGUCCCCAUGUGGCAGUGAGAAAUUCCAUGUCAUAAAAGGCAAAAUAAGUACCUGGCACGUGGCAAGCAGAAAAAGGCUAAGUUGUUGCUAUUAAUAACAGGUCCCGGGCAGCACGGCUCUGCCAUGGCCCCCCGCCUCGUCCUGCCGCCACCGCUGCUGCUGCUGCUGCUGCUUGCGAGGGCCCUGCCCGCCGCCGCCCACUCCGUGCCCGUGCGGGUGUCCUUCCUGGAGGACCUGGCGGGCAGCGGGGAGGCCGACGACGCCUCGGCCGCCUCCCCCAGCCUGCCGCCGCCCCGGACCCCGGCCCUCAGCGCCACGCCGGGCCCCGGGCCCACGCCCCCCGCGGGCCCCCGGCCGCCCACCAACUUCCUGGACGGCAUCGUGGACUUCUUCCGCCAGUACGUGCUGCUCAUCGCCGUGGUGGGCUCGCUGGUGCUGCUGCUCAUGUUCAUCGUCUGCGCCGCCGUCAUCACCCGCCAGCGGCACAAGGCCUCCGCCUACUACCCCUCGUCCUUCCCCAGGAGGAAGUACGUGGACCAGCGGGACCGGGCCGGCGGCCCCCGGGCCUUCAGCGAGGUCCCCGACCGGGCCCCGGCCGGCCGGCCCGAGGAGGCCCUGGACUCCUCCCGGCAGCUCCAGGCCGACAUCCUCGCCGCCACCCAGAACCUCCGGUCCCCGGCCAGGGCGGCCCCGGGCGGCGGGGCCGGGGGCACGGAGGCCAGGCCCGAGGGAGAGCAGCCGGGCGGCCAGGAGGAGGAGGAGGAGGAGGAGGAGGAGGAGGAGGAGGACCGGGACGCCCUCGGGCGUGGGGUCCCCACGGAGAAGCCAGGGGUGACGGAGGGGCCGUGCUCGGGGCCGGCAGAGGGCGUCCUGGGGGCCCCAGAAGGCCCCGGGGAGCCAGAAGCGGCUCCCUCGUCGUCUGCCCCGGAAGCCGGGGACCCAGCCGGGCCCCCCCAAAGCCCCUGUGCGUGUGGCAGGGUCACUCCUAGCGUCUAACAGGCCCCCGGGGCUGUGGCCCUGACUGUCAGACCCUUAGGGGUCCCCUCCCGGGCCUCCCCCCCAGCUGCCAAUCCCUGCGUGUCCCCUCCCGCAGCGAACAGAUCCUGGUGUCCGCGCCGCCCGGGACUCUCCCCGAGUUCUAGGACACUUGCCUCUGCAGCCCCAAAGGGCCACGCCCCAAGCACAGCUCCCGUGGGGAGGCGGGGCUGGGGACGUGGCCCCCCUUUCAACCACGCCGAUCGAUCGGGGAGCACGCUCGGCGGGUCCCCUGGGACAGGGCCAGCAUCACCAUCGAGGCAGAAACGUACACCGACCAGCUAGGAGCUUUGGAAACUGUCACCGGGAGCCGUGGAAGUGGCCGGGGGAGGCGGGGGCGGCUAGUGCAACGGCAGAAGUGGGCCCCUCACCUGCUCACCUCCUGGCAGGUACGAAAAGGAGCAUUUCCCAAACUGGGUUCCCUGCGGUACCCUGACAGGUGCGGGGGGGGGGGGGGGGGGGGGGAUGAGCGUUUCCCAAACUGGGUUCCCUGAGGCACCCUGUGGAAAAAAACGGUGUUGGCGUCCAAGGAAUUGAGGAAACGCUGCCUCUCGACUCCCCGCACCCCCGCCUUCGGCCACGCCAGGGCUCCAACUAGUCCUGCAGUCAAGGCCCCGUGGAAUCCGGUUUCUGGUGUCACAGCCUUUCCCAAACUGCUUUUGACCAGGGAGAGCUUUCGUUAUUAUUAUUGUUGCUGUUAUUAUUAUUUUUUAGCUGCAGUGGAAGCUGCUCCAGGGCACACUCUGGGAAUGACUGUUCCGGAAGGUGCUCGCAGCAUCUGGUUGGUCUGGCUGUGGGGUGUGGGGGCUCGGCCCGCCACCUCCCUGGGGAUGGGGUGAAAGAACGAAACCUUAUUGUCAGGCUCCCAACGCAGCCCCGAAGCCUGGGGCUCUGAGUGAGGAGACCUCCCUCGGGGGGAGAGGGUGGUCUCUGACGCCUGGCCUGGAGCAGGGCACCCCGUCCUCCCUCCCCUGCACCUCUUACCCCCCCCCCCCCCGCCCCCCGCCUCUGCUCAGACUCGGCGUCUGGCAGCCUGUGACCACAGCUGCUUUAGUCUUUGACCAGGGAGUUGAGCUCCGUCCUGAUGUGAUUUGGGGAGGCUGGGGGGGGGGGUCCUCUUCCUCAUUCCUCCAUCUGGGGUCCCCCCACCUCUGCACACCUUUCCAGGUGCUGAGCUGUAGCAAACCAGCACAAUAAAUGUUAUCCCGGCCUGA